GAGGAGGCUUCUAAGAGGACCGAAAUUUCUUUAAAUUGGCAAAACGUCCAAAAUCGAUUGCGAUAUCACAAGAGAGUGUACAACGAAAUAAAAGAUAUGCUAGCCACAAGUGGUUUUGGGUGGGACAGCGAGCGAAUGGUUGUCACAGCACCUGACGAAGUUUGGGAAGAGUACCUCAAGUCGCAUCCGAGAGCAGAAAGAUUACGUGGUAAACAAAUAGAACGAAUGGACGAUUUAGCGGUGAUCGUAGGUUUAGACCAUGCAACAGGCCGCUACGCCCAAUGAAGCAGAAACAUGGCCGCGUCUUCAUCUCGUAUUCAACGAGAUCUGAAUGAAGCUUGGACGGACCUGGACGAUGACACCGAUGCGCCUAUCGAUAUUUAUGAGGAAAAUCUGGGGGAUUCGACUGGAAAUUAUCAAUUUUCGAAUGAAAGCCAUCGGGCUUCAGGGAAUCGCUCAUUCCGCACCACUCCCAACCGGGCGAUUGAUUCCGAUAGUAGUCGUGGUGGGAGUAUAACAACAAAAAGGAUGCGAUCUGCUCGUCCCUGUGACGUCCUUGGUUUAUCUCUAGAUGGUGUGGCAGAUGCAAUUGCCAAAUUUGGACUUGGCAAUUCAGUCAACCUCACAAGUAGAGUCCUGGACAUCCUCGAAGAGGUUACGGGGCUGACCAACCAUAAGUUCAUCCAGGUUGGUCAGCUUCUGAGCAAGGAUAAAGAUCUAGCAUCCUUUUUCGUAAGCCUUCGACCAGAGCGAAGGGUCGAUUGGUUGAAAAAAACACUGUCUGAUAUGAAUGGUAAUGUUGGUGGGGGUUCUACUUGAUGGAUAUAUCAACCUUAAUUACGCUAUUACAUAGGUGUCUAAAUUUGA